UUCACGGAAAAUGUAGACGUGACAAAUCUUCUCCGACGCGGGGAAAAAAUAUCCGAUGGGAAAUACCCGGUCAAAUCAUCCACACCAAACCCGAACCUAGACCAAACGGAGCCCUAACUCCACUCCCAGCACCAAAACUGACCUCCCUUCUAUGGCCGAUCUCUUACGCCAAGGUUCUUCAAUAUGGGAUCAGGGAAAUCAGUUGCGUUAAAGCAAUCUUCGAUUGCGAAAGCGUUAGCUGUCCUCGGCGGUGGCGAAGACAACGAAGACGCUUUUGGAGAAAGCGAAUGAAGAUGAUGGAAAUGCACCGAUUUUCCAUACAGGAUCAGGAUUUAUCACAUUCAGGGAUGAAGGCCGGUGUGAGAAAUAAUGGGGUUAUUGGUGAUGAUCUGCUAGUUCCCAGGUCUCUUUUAGUUUCCAAGUCUGGUAUAUUAAAAAGCCAAUUGGUAAAGGAUGUCGAUACAGACUUGUUGCAACCUGAAGCACAAUAUUCUGCUCCCAAACCACCACCAUUUAAAUUCCACACUGCUGGUGGAAGAUCCUUUUCCGUUUCCAUUGAGGCAUUGAAACGUGCAAGGAGUCUUCUUGGUGACCCAGACAUAGGAGCUUUCUUAAAUGAGGGGGAUGCAUUUGAUAUGGGUCUCUCAGUUUUUGAAGAUAUUAUAUUUGAUGAGGCUUCAUCAAACUAGGAAAAUUCUUUUUACUCUGCAUGUACCCAUCCAGAAGCUUCAUAGAGUAAACAUAUCUCAAAAACUUUCAUUUCACCUCUUAAAUUAUCUGCGAACCAUGUCUGGCCAUCCCUAUAAUAAUAAUAAAAAAAGUCAUUUCAGGGGUAACUUGUUGGAGAAAUUUGAUGCUGUUCAUAAUGACAGCACCUGCGAGUUUAAUAACAAAGCAAAUUGUAUACAGAAUUGCUUAAGGUAUGGACUGUGUUCAUUAGAUACAACAGUUGCUAAUUCUCUGGAUAGUGGUACUGGUUCAAGGAUGAAUCCACUUCAAAGGCUACUGCGUGUGCCAUUGGUUGAUAUUUCAAAUAAAAAUGGCACAGUGUACUCAAAUAACAGCCAAGUGAUCUUCUCGAGGGACAGGCCCAUGCUAUAGCAGGUCUGGUACUUGUGAACUCUGAUUCGAAUACACUUUGCUUACAAGCAAGAGGAUCUACAACCAAAUGACAACUUUUAUCCUGGCAAUGCAACAGUUUCAGUAAGCCUCUAUUUGCUCUUCUCCUAUCUUAACAAUUGAAUCUAACUAAAGGCUGUCCUUUUAAGCCAUUUUCAGCCCUCGAGUAUCAGUAUUAUUGUCAAAUUUGGUUGAAGUUCCUCUUUGUUGGUAAAUUACACAUAUCUAUCGUUUAUGGAUCCCACCUCUGCUUUCUUGGUAAACACAUAAACCCAGUCCACUUGCAGCCAUGCUGAUCAAAAUGACAAAUUUCAGGACUGGACCAGUUUGGUUCCCCAUUGUUUUUUGAUUAUGCAAUGAAUUUGACAUUGCAGCACUUGUGUUGCCCAUGGGAGAGGUUUAUACAGCUCCUCUGCAAAAGAAGCAGUAUGUGUCUGAUUGAUACUGCCAUUUCCCUAUUGGAUUCAGAGGUAACGUCAAAGUCCUGACUAGCCAUCAGCUUCUGUUCACCAUACAUAGAUAACGAUUAAUUUACACCAACCAACUAUAAUCUUGCUGGAUCCUUGAGUGUAUUAGGUCCUUUUAUUGUCAACCCCAUGCAUUAAUUUAUAAUCUAAUACGAGUUGAUUCAUGGUGAAAAAUUCCAAAUGGAAAUUAGAAGGAUGGAUAAGUUUGUGAAUGCAAGCCAUUAUCUUUGCAGGUUGUCUUCUUUAAUCUUAUAAAGAGAGCAAAGGAUCAACUAAAUCAUCCCUGGAUAGCUGAAGCAACAGAAAACUCGACUUAUUCUUUGAGUUUUGAUUCCUCAAUUUUUUUGCACCUUAAAAAUGCUGCUUCUUCUACUCAAAGCUGGCCUAGAUCUCUACCUUGGUGAACAAUAUAGAAUUUGAUCAUGAUAGUUCAGCUUUGGUAUAUGAUGCCUGCUAUUAUUUACCACCUUACUUGUUUUAUGCUGAUUAUUGAUAAAUUCAAGAAGAAGGUUUUAUUUAUAAUUGAUGAUUGAAAAGGCUAGAACUGACAACUAAAUUGUAGUUGGAAGAGGCGACUUUGAACUGACAAGUAAGCCUCCCUGUAUGUCAAAUGAUCCUUAUUUGUGUCAAUUGACUUUUAUUAGGGAGAAAUAAUCUCAAAGUUGUAGAAGUAAGAUCUUAAAAUCCACUCAUGACAGUGGUUUUGUUUCUUAAUAUUGGAAAACAAAUUGCUGGUGGAUUUAGCUCAGUAUUCACUCAUCUUCUCUGUGAAUAAUUCUGCUAGCUUUUCUAAUGAUUUAUUCUUAUUGUUUUUAUUACUUAUUUGAGCUAUUUUAUCAAAUAGUUUAGGCCUCAUGGAUUUAUCCUUACUGACAAUAGGAAGAGUACAGAUGCAGAAAAGGAUAGGAUACUUAUUGUAAGCAGCCAGCGAGCUCAUCCAGUUAAACCGUUGAAUCCUUGAAAUACCACUGGUUUGUGGUUGAUUUGUGAUUUGUCAGCCUCUCCACCUGAAUUCCAUGUUUAUGAAUUUAGUACAUUCUCCUUAUAGAUUUGUGCUACAUUGCCAAUGUUUGAGCAGCUGAAGUUCCAGGAGAAAUCUGUAGAUAUCAAUCAUGCAACGAAGUCAUGAAGGCUCCCUCUGUUCCAACCAUCCCAUCGCUUAAUUUUCAAUGUUGGGCACAGUGGGGAAGGGCAUGGGUCAAGCAUCUCGGAAUUGGUUUAGUUUUCAACGGAGGGAGAUGGUCCCUCCACGCUGUAACAUUUUUGGUUUAGUGUACAAUCAUUAAAUUCAACUGAAACAUCUAUGUAAAUAAUUAAGAACAAGUGAUUUUUGAUUGAGAACCUAUGUAAUAUCAAAACUCAAUUUAGUAUGCUGUGUUAUAAAAUUAGAGUUUGUAAACAAGUUCUUAAGACAAUACAAGAAUCAUGUCUUUAUAAAAUUCAAAUCAAA